UGUAAAUUAGAAUAUUUAUAUUUUUUAAAUGAAACCUGUAUGACAGUUUUUUCAAAUGAAACCAAUGAAGCUGUACGUGAUUGUACAUUUGAUAAAGGUGAUUGUGAUAAAGAAUGUAAUAAAUGCCAUGAAUCUGGAUGUAAUACAAAAAAUAUUAUAUAUCAAAGCUGUUAUCAAUGUAAUAGUUCAAUAAAAGGUGAAGAAGAAUGUGCUAAUAUUGUUCAAGGAUUAGAAUCAAAAUUAUGUCAAGCGGAAAUUCAAACAUACGAUAGAAGAGGUUGUUAUGUAUUAAAAAAAGGUAAAUCAGUUAAACGAGGUUGCGCAUAUGAAUUAAAUGAUGUUGAUUUUGAACUUUGUCAACAAGAUAAUAAUAAAACAUGUUCAUAUUGUCCCGAAAUGAAAUGUAAUAAUAAAAAACCUAAUUUGGGUAGCAGAAUUUUAAUUCAUAAUAAAAUUUAUGGAUUUCUUUUAUUACUAUUAAUAAAAAUCCAAAAUUAAUACAUUUUAAUUUUUAAUAUGUGAAUAC